CCGUUGACAGGCUCACGGCGGGUAGCGGAUUUUUUUUUUUUUGACGCCCCACCGAAAUUACAAGAGCAAAAUCCGCAAAAUUUUUCUCUGGGGGAACAAUCUACAAACGCAUACACGGGGGAACGAAGUUAGCAGAGGAGAUCUGCCAGAUUGUUGUUCAUUUUUCCCACAGAUCUCCUCGUGUCCGAUCCGAUCGGAAUCUGCCCCCUUUUGGUUUUCCUCUUCCCCAAUUCACAAUUCUUCAUUUUCUGUGGUUUUCCCAUCAAUUUCCCGACAGCUAUCAUCAAUUUCGGUUGUUUUUCUGCUACUUUAGUCUCGCAGUGUUUGGUUUAGAUUCAUUGUAUUUAGCCGGGGCUGAUUUGUUUGGUUCGUUUUGUGGGGUUGUGUUUUUGUACCUGGAAAUGGUGUCACCAUGAGGAUUUUGGGUUUGUUUGUGUUUGUCUUCUUGAGCUGGGGGUCGUUGUUUUGAUGGCUUCGGCUCAGGUUUUGCCCAAUUCGAUGGCCUCGACUCGUAAAUUAGAGCAUUUGGAAGCAGGCAAGCGUCGGUUAGAGGAGUUCAGAAAGAAAAAGGCAGCAGAGCGAGUUAAGAAAGCUGCACCACCAAUCCAAAAUCACAUUUCAGAUGGUGGUUCCCAGGAGAAGAAGCCUUUAGAAUCUGAACAUGCUCAACGAAUUACAGAUUCUGAUGGAGCUACGACAACAAACGGAACAGGCAGAUCUGCUGUUGAAUCAUCUUCUGCUCUAGUCAAAGAUGUCAGACAUGCAGAUAACUUUUCUCAGAAUAUUGAUCAAAAUGCUUUGAAUGAAAGUCGUGCACGCUAUCCAUCUACAAGAAAUGUUGAUGGAGGUUUCUCUGUGUAUCCAGUGAAACAACCGUCAAACAGUCAAGAAAUUAAGACACUCAAAGGUUCGAGACUCGCUGGAACCACAGAUGAUUAUAGUAGAAAUGAAAUAUCAGAAAUAAAUAACGACUCUGGAGUAAUCAGUGGAUCCCAGGAUAGAACUCCAUUUGGGAGCGCAUUUGGCAUAAACCCACAAGCUAAUGAAGGGAUCGAUAGCAUUUCUAGUCAAUCUGCACAGCAUGGGGUGGAUGGACUACUCUACAGAAGAGAUGGUCGAGAGAAUUCUAUAAUUAAGAGCUCUGGCUCUUUGCAUAAAUUUUCUGCAAAUACUUCUCCACAGAAUACUGCUGGCAAUUUACAAGAUACAGAUUCCAGUAGUAACAAUAUUUUGGCUAGUGAACAUUCUUUCUCGUCAUCUUAUGAUGGCCUCUUUAAUAGUACAACUAGAAAAGGAUAUAGUUCCGAUGAAGUUGGGGAAAAUGUGAACAAAAAUUUUGAAUUGAUUGACAAACAGACGUCUGUUCUUGAGCAACGAAAGCCCACUGAUGUGACUGAUUUAACUAGAAUCAAGCCUGUAUAUGUGCAGUCCUCUGAAUCUGCUGGCUUGAUUACUGAUAUUAGAGGCCCCUUCAACUUUGAACAACCAUACACUGCAUCAUCUGAAAACAGUUUUAGGAGAUCUCGCCCAUCGUUUCUUGAUUCUAUUACUGUACCCAAGGUUCCUUCAGGGAGUUUUCUUGGACAUGUUGAACAUGAUAAGGGAUCCAGAAUAUCUGAUGGGUUUAGAACAGAUGAAUCUGAUGGCUCAGAAUCAUUAAAUCUUCAGAAGCCACUAAUUGAUAUGAAAAAAGUGGGAACAUCCUCAGAUUUUGCCUCACAAAACACUCCAGUGCCAUAUAGCAAUUCAUUUCCUCCUUCAGUUUUUCCUGUUAAGGAGGUGAACCAGCCAAUAGAGGAUAAUACUAUGGAGAGGAAACACGAGCUCUUUUCAUCCAAACAAAAUGAAGAUUUUGCUGCUCUGGAACAGCAUAUUGAAGAUUUGACACAAGAGAAAUUCUCGUUACAAAGAGCUUUGGAUGCUUCAAGGGCUUUAGCAGAGUCCUUAGCUGCUGAAAAUUCAUCUCUUACUGAUAGUUAUAAUAAUCAGAGAAGUGUUGUCAACCAACUAAAAUCGGAUAUGGAGAUGUUACAGGAGGAAAUGAAGACCCAGAUGGUUGAACUGGAAUCUAUCAAACUUGAGUAUGCAAAUGUACAACUGGAGUGUAAUGCAGCUGAUGAACGUGCCAAGCUGAUAGCUUCUGAAGUAAUUGGUCUUGAAGAGAAGGCCUUAAGACUAAGGUCUAAUGAGUUAAAGCUGGAGAGGCAAUUGGAGAACUUAGAAGCUGAAAUCUCUUCGUACAAGAAGAAAAUAUCUAGCAUGGAGAGAGAACGUCAUGAUUUUCAAUCAACUAUUGAUGCUCUUCAGGAAGAGAAGAAGUUGUUGCAGUCGAAGUUACGCAAAGCUUCUGCAAGUGAAAAGUCCAUUGAUAUUAGCAAUCCUAAAAAUAAAAAAGAUAUUGCGACAUCUACGGAAGAUUUAGUAAAUACAGAUACUGCUCCAAGUACUUCUAAACAUGAAGUAAAAGAUGGAGAAUCUCUUACUGAAGAUGAUACCUCUGGAACUCUCAUGCUGCUGGAAAAUGCCACUGCUGAAGUUUCAGCGGUCAAUAUUCCUCCAGAUCAUAUGAGGAUGAUUCAAAACAUCAAUGCUCUAAUAGCUGAGUUAGCUGUAGAGAAAGAUGAGUUAACACAAGCUUUGGCAUCUGAGUUGGCUAGCAGUUCUAAGUUGAGGGAGUUGAACAAAGAAUUGUCUAGGAAACUGGAAACACAAACUCAAAGAUUAGAGCUUUUGACUGCUCAAAGUAUGGCUGGUGAGAUUGUUCCAGCGAGGCAACAUGAUUCUCGCACCGUGCAUGAUGAAGAUAUUUUACUUGCAGAUGAAGGCGACGAGGUGGUUGAAAGAGUCUUGGGAUGGAUUAUGAAGCUCUUUCCUGGCGGUCCAUCACGCCGAAGGACCAGCAAACUUCUUUAAGAUGCGGGGCGGUCGAGUUGUCAAUGGAAGGUCAAUGUUUGAAGCUUUGCUUCCAUUGUUCUUUUCUUCAAGUUGCUAGGUAAUACAUUGGAGAUUAUAAGCUGUACAUUUCGAGUCGAACGCGUGGUUCGUUAUUCUUUUUUUAUAUCAAAGAAGCAGGCUAACCUCGACCUUUCGAGGCCUUUGAUAGCCUUAGGGAAUCCAAUCCAAAUUGUUAUUUCCUCAAGGAAGAUGUGAAAAGAAAAAGGGAAGUGAAAGCAUCUGGUUCCAUCAAUUGCUUCACCUUUUUCUUGACUUGCACAAAUUUUGAUGGGAUUGCUGCUUGAUACUUAGACAGGAAAUGAAGUAAUUAGUAUUAACAGGCUUUUCAGUUGUACUUAUUGAUUGUUGUUCUGCACAUCUGUACUCUUACUUCCAUUGCUUAUGUAAUCAUCAUGAGAACCUUGAAGGGAUUGAGUUUUGAGCCCAAUGAUGAAAUUAUCACAUUAUUUCGUUA